AAAAAGAAAAUGGCGACUGUUCCUGAAGCUGAAGAAUCGGGAUUGAGAAUGAGAAGCGUCAUUGAGGAGGAAGAAGAAGAAGACGAGCAUGAUUUGAAGAAGCUAGCGAGAUCGUUCUUAGGUUUGAGCUUCUCAGUGAUGCUAGCUCAUCUCCCUAGCGACGCGAUAUCUCUAGUUCCGCGAUUGGCGACGGAGGUCAAGGAGCUGAAACGGCGGCUCGCGUCGGCGGAGGAACAAGUCCGUCAGAUGAAAUCUCGGCGCGUGGAGGACUCGAAGGCAAACGCGCGCGUGGUGGAUAUCUUCGCUAGCCACAGGAACGCUUGGCAGGAAGAGGAGAAACGGCUGCAGAAUCGGAUUCACGAAAUGGAGGAAGAGAGGGAAGAGUUCAUGAACAGGAUAAACGAUUUGGAGAGAGAAAUUAGCGAGAGGGACGAGAUGAUUGGGUUUAUGUCCAGAAGAGGGAUUGAAGACGAAGAAGAAGAAGAUAAUUCCACUGAGCGUUACGGUGUGGAUCACCUCGCUGUAUCUUCACCCAUACCUUAUGGGCUUACUCCAAGCUCUCAAUUCUGGACAGAGUCGCAUAAUACUAACCCUUUCCAGGAUGUACAGUACGAAUCUCUGGAAUCUGUGUACCAUAUGAAGCAAUUUGUGCCAAGAAGGGAAUCACCAUGGAAGAUCGACAGUGAAGCAACAGGUGUAUCUGCGAAAUUGAGGUUACUAGAAGAGGAAUUACAAAAUCUUGAGAAAGUUUGUCGUAGUGACAUUUCAAAGGUUCCAUCUUUGUUGAGGAAACAAGCAAAGAGGUAUCAAGCUCUUGCAGGGAAGAUCGAUGAUCUUUGCAGAAGAAUGAGUAGUGAUCCUUGCGAUGCGACAUUAGGACCCGAGUUCAGGACACAAAGACAAACCGAGUUUCUGCUCGAGUGUUUCAGGCUUCAGCAGCGAGCAUCAGAGACGGGGCAGAAGCUAGUUGCAUUGCAGACGGAAAUCACAAGGAGCAAUCAGGGAGAACAACUAAACCAAGCCAAGAUGAACACAAAAAGGUCACUGGAUUUGAUCAAGAACAACUUGAAAGAAGUUCAGAGAAACCUAGAGAUUUGGCUAGCUAGAAUCAUUGGAGAUCUCGAAGGCAUACUUGCCCGAGAUGGAGCUUCGCGUGUAAGAGAGUUCUACGUUGCUCGAUACCCUUUUGUUCAGUAG